CUCCCGGGAAGGGAAAUAAAAGCUGCAGGCAGCGGAGCCGGGGCACAGCGCUCCCAGCCUCCUGGAGAGGAAACAGCCUGAGAGCCAGCAGCAGCAGCAGCAGCAGCAGCAGCAGCAGCAGCAGCAAUGCUUUGCCGAAUGCACCUCGCUCCAUUCGCCUCCAGCUCCCUGGCCACCCGGCUGGGCACGGUGAAGACCCUCUGGCCGCACGCCGAGACCAUCUUCAGCGAGCUGCAGCAGGAGAUGGAGAAAGCUCGGCAGUUCAUGAGCAGCUUCGAGCAGCUCCUGAGCAGCCAAGGACCCAUCGCCGCCGAGCGAGCCCCGAGCGCCAGCGCGGUCGCCACCCAGGGCUCCGGGGAGGGUUUCUCCGUCUGCCAGGACGUGAAGAACUUUGCCCCCGAGGAGCUGUCGGUGAAGGUGGUGGGCAGGAAGGUGGUGCUGGUGGGGCAGAAGGAGACGCAGAACGUCGACGAGAAGGGCUCCUUCUCCUACAAGUACGAGGUGCUGAAGCGCGAGUGGGACGUGCCCGAGGAGGUGGACGCCGAGGCCCUGAGCUGCUCCCUGUCCAAGGAGGGGCAGCUCCGCAUCGAAGCCCCCCGGCUGGCCCUGCCGGCCGCCCCGGAGAGGAGCGUGCCCAUUCAGGUCAGCCCCGCAGCGCCGCAGCCCGGAGCAGCCUCCGAGGAUGGAGCCGCCAGCAAAACCCAGGCGUGAUGGGACCAGACCCGAUGGCCCGCACCGGGACCAGAGGAGCCAGCAGCAAGUGUCGGGUUCUAGCCCGGACAAGCUCCAUCAGCACUGAUGUCAUGUUUUUCUCUAUACUGGAAUGUUGUUUUUGUACCCAAUAAAAAUACUUUUGCACAGAA